UACAUUUUUUUUCUGCUUCAUUUUUCACAUCGAUGACGAUUCAAUCACGCAUGAAAUAUUUCAAUUGAAAUUGUGUUGCUCACACAUAUUGAUGAUAUUGUUUGCUGUUUGCUUUUAGUUUCCGAGAUCUUUCAUUUUCAUUUCGUUUCUUGACACUGAUCGUGUCAGAUCAAUGUGAGGUGUGUGUGAUUGAAGUCGACUGAAACAAAAUAUUACCAAUAUCCCGAGGUAAAAUAAAAUGAAGGGCAUUCACUUAGGUAUACUCUGCGGUUCUUUGACGCUGCUGGCACUUGGAAGUGCACAAUUUUAUGGCAGCUAUGGAAGAGAUGUUCUCAUCAGACCACAACUGCCACCUUAUCCAUACAGAUCGAAUCCAUUCGAAAUUCAAAGCCGAUUGGCUCCAGCUGCGUUAUCUCUGAGCCGAGUUGGCGCAGCCAUGCCACAAAAUGUUCGUGCAAUUUCACAAGGUGCAGAACAAUUCUCGUUUGAUAUGUACCGGGCCAUAGCACAUGCAAUUCAAAAUUACGAUGCAAAUUUUGUAAUUUCACCAUUCUCCGUCUGGUGUUUGAUGCUGUUAGUUUCCGAAGGAGCCGUUGGUCAGACAUACGAUCAAAUACAGCGUGUGCUUCGAACGCCAAAUGAUUUGAACAAUUUGCGAGCAGCUUAUAAGACUUUCCAGCGUAUUUUGCUGGUUAAUACUACAACGGUUGAAUUGGCUGUGAAUCAAGCAUUGUUUUCCGAUAUAAAUCGCCCAAUUGAGUAUUCGUACGCGAGCAUUUUGCAAAACGAAUAUGAAGCCGAUCAUCUUCCGGUUGACUAUCGAACACCUGCCAAUGCGGUCAAAGUGAUUAAUGAUCAUAUCACCUGGAGAACACAGGGCAAAAUUAAAGAUGUCGUAAAACCAGAUGAUUUAUUUGACGCUCAACUGUUGCUCACAUCGACGAUUUUCUUCAAAGGACAAUGGACGUUCCCAUUCAAUGUGAGCCUAACGAAAGAACAACCCUUUUAUAGAGAAAAUGGUGACUAUGUCGCUCACGUGCCUAUGAUGUAUCAACGAAACGUAUUGCCGUUCGGAAUAAUCAAUGCUUUAGAUGCAAGUGUUCUUGAGCUCCCUUAUGGUAAAGAGGAUCGCCUGUGUAUGCUUUUAAUUCUACCUCGUCGCAACGCAACUUUGACAAAUGUGUUUGAAAAUUUGCGCAAUUUCGAUAUCGCUAAGAUUAGCGCUGAACUCCAUAAGUACGACCACACUGAUGACUAUGAUGAGACUGAAAUUGAAUUAUCGUUGCCAAGAUUUAAUAUCGAUUCGGACUUGGAGCUUCGCACCGUUCUUGAGCACUUGGGCAUGAAAGAUGUAUUUGACCCGAUUUCCGCGAAUCUUUCGAAAAUGUCCAGGCAAGCAACGUAUGUGUCGCGUGUUUUCCACAAGGCUGUUAUUGAAGUCAAUGAGGUUGGCACUGUUGCAGCGGCCGUUUCAUCUGGUUCCGUAUCAUUCAAACAAAGUCCGGUCGAAUUCGUUUUCAAUCGGCCAUUUGGAUUUUUGAUCACCGAAAAAACCACCAGCACUCUUUUAUUCGCCGGUCAAGUUCGGCAUCCACUUAUAAAACGUGAAAUGCCUCCUCUUCAUCAUUCGUUCAAAUAUUUUACGAUUUUGUGCUGGAUUUUUAGUGAGUCAAUCCAUUUUGGUUUGGCAAAUGAGCAAUUCGGAGAAUCGAUAAUAUUUCCAUCGACAUUCCUGCAGCAGGGACUGCAACGUCAUAGAUCAUUAGAUUUGCUGACAAAUAAUGCAAUUAACAGUGAAAGUGUUGUACAAUUUUCGCGAUCAGCCGAAGCGUUUUCUUUGGAAUAUUUUCAACAUCUGUCCCGACUUGAAGCGACUAAAAGUGGUAAUGUAAUUAUAUCGCCACUUUCGAUCUGGUCACUGCUGUUGCUAUUGGCAGAGGGAUCGUCAGGUCAAACUUAUGAACAGUUAGCCACCGUGCUGCGUUUGCCAUCCGAUUUAACGAAAAUCCGUCGUGUCUAUAAAUAUCUGCAAAAUGCAUUCGAACAAAACAACACGGCCGUUGAACUAACAUCCAAUCAAGUGCUAUUUUGCGAUAUUAAUCGACCGGUCGAUAUUGAUUUUCAAGAUAAAUUGGAGCAUACAUACGAGGCUGAUUAUUUUCCAGUUAAUUUUAUUGAACGUUUCGAAGCGGUCAACAAAAUCAAUAAGUAUGUCAGUGAUAAAGUCAAAGGCAAAAUUGAUCGAAUCGUUGAACCGAACGACUUGAACGGGGCGAAUAUGGUGCUCGUUUCGGCGAUAUUUUUUCAAGGACGAUGGAAAAAUCCAUUCAAAUUGGAAGAUACACGGGAUUUACCAUUUUACAACGAAAAUGGCGUGACUAUAACGAAUGUGCCAAUGAUGUUCCGUAAAGGUGGCUGCUCUCACAUUCGUGUCCCAUCGCUCGAAGCAGAAAUCAUUGAACUUGCCUAUGGAUUUGAUCAGAAAUUCAGCAUGGUCGUUUUCUUACCCAACAAACAAGUACCACUCGUAAAAGUGAUCGAUAAUUUGCGAAUUUUGGGCUUACACACUAUCAUUGAUUAUCUUAAUCAGUCCGAAGAAGAUGCAGAUCUUGAAAUUUACCUACCGCGAUUCUCAAUUUCCUCCGACUAUAAGUUGAAUAGCAUUCUACAGAGAAUGGGCUUAUUCGAUUUGUUUGAUCAAAAACGGGCGAAUUUGUCGAAGAUAUCAAAGCAUGCAACAUUUGUGUCACAAUUCGUACAGAAGGCUGUGAUUGAUGUGAAUGAAAAGGGAACCGUCGCUGCAGCAGUUACUGCAUCAAUUUCAUUCCAAUCGAUUCCUUCGCAAUACUAUGUCAAUCGGCCGUUUGCUUUCAUGAUUGUCGAACGCACCACCAACACCAUUCUAUUUUGCGGCCAUGUGAGAAAUCCAACAAAUGUAUGAAUUUCGUUUUUUAACAAUAACUUUUGCGUAGAAGAAUGAAAAAAAAUUAAGAAAAAAAUUAAAAAUAUAAAAAAAGGAAAAAUGAAAGUAAUUUGACAGCUUAAAAAAAAGCGAA